GGCAACUCUGGAUCCUACGACCCCGAAUUCUCCUCCGCCCAACACCACGCACAAUCUCACGAAUCCUCCUCGGAUAGUUCUCUCUUCUCCUCCGCCCUGGGCUUCCUCUCCGAUCGCAAGAGCCAGUACUCCGAGCAACCGGACAUUGACGAGGAGCAUCUCGUGCAGUCGCACCAGCGGCUGUAUAACGGUGGUGGUGAGGAGCAGCAACAUGAUAGCAGCAGCUUGGGUGCCGGCGCUGCGAUGCAGGCGCUGAAGAUGUUUACCUCCGGUGGUGGGGGUAGCAGUGGUGGGGACAAGAAUGAGUUUAUUGGUAUGGCGAUGGCGCAGGCGAGUAAGCUUUGGGAGGAGAAGGCUGGAUCUGGGAAUGUCUCUGGUGAUAAGCAGUCGGCUGUUAACUCGGCUGCGGAGAUGGCGUUUAAGAUGUAUAUGAAGAGUCAGGGUAGUGGGUCGAGUGGUACGGGUGGUCCUGGGGCUUUGAUGAGUUUGGCGAGUAAGUUCUUGUAA